AUGGACAAGCCCAGGAAAAAAAUUACUGAUUUUGUAGAAAAGGCAGAAGUGGUUGCCCGUACAAUGCGUCGUGAUGAACUGCUGUUUUCUUACAAUGGAAUUCUCUACCCUGUCACUGUUUGUAGUCCUGAAACAUUCAGAGCCUUGGAGUCCUUUGAAGCCAGAAGUGAUGAUAUCAUUUUGGCAGGAUACCCUAAAUCUGAACUGAGCUACUCUCUACCUUCCCAUGCCAUGCUGCAUUUUUUUAGAUUGAUUCGUACUGAUAUAUUGUUACUGAUUCGUAACCCAAAGGAUGUAGCAACAUCUUAUUACCAUUUUUCCAAUGGCAUGGCUAUUGUUCCCUCCUAUGAGACCUGGGAUGAUUUCUUCACAGAUUUCAUGUCAAAGAGAGUGGCCUGGGGAUGCUACUUUGAAUACCUUUCCCAAUGGAACAAAUAUGCUGAUGAAGAAAAUGUUAUGACAAUAACUUAUGAAGAGCUAAAAGAGAAUCGUCUCCUGGGUGUGAAAAAGAUAGCUGCUUUCUUAGGGAUUUCACUGACUGAGGAAGAGCUUCAGCUUGUGGUAGAGAGGAGCAGCUUUCAGGCAAUGAAGAAGAACUCUCAGAAGACCCAUGGGGCAUUUGGCGACAUUCUCUUUCGCAAAGGUGGUGUAAGUGACUGGAAGAAUCUUUUCAGUGAAGAUCAGAAUGAGAAAAUGGACAAAGCAUUUGAAGAAUAUGUAGGAGGAACUAAACUGGGAAAAAAGUUAAAGUAUGAAGUGUACUGUAAAGCCUGAAAAGU